UGUUUGUUUUUGGUGUUCAGCCGUAGAUGUGCUUCACUGUGACUGUUAUGACUGCCAGAAGGCUGCAUCAUCACUCCUGCAGCAGAUAUGGGUCAAGGAAAUAGCCAAUUCACCGAAGUUGAACUUGAGGAGUAUCAGGAACUGACGUACUUCACCAAAAAGGAGAUCCUCUAUGCACACAAGCGCUUUAAGAACCUGGCCUUAGAGAAGGUGGGUCACAACCGAAAUGCCAAACUACCCAUGGACAAGUUACUAACUCUGCCAGAAUUGCGAGCCAACCCAUUUGGUGAACGCAUGUGUCUCAUUUUUUCAUCGACAAAGGAUGGUGACUGCACAUUUGAAGAUUUCUUGGACAUGAUGUCGGUGUUUAGUGAAACUGCUCCAAAGUCCGUUAAAGCAGAAUAUGCCUUCCGUAUUUUUGACUUUGAUGGUGAUGACUACUUAGGCCGAGGAGAUCUGGAGGAGACCAUUACAAAGCUUGUCAGCCCUCAGCGCUUCUCAGAUAGAGACAUGGAGGCUCUGGUUUCGAGAGUUUUAGAGGAGGCUGACCUAGAUGAUGAUGGUAUGCUGGCCUUUGCUGAGUUUGAACAUGUCAUCUCUAAAUCUCCAGACUUUGCUAAUUCAUUCAGAAUUCGUCUGUGAGUGAUGUGCUGAAAAACUUGUUAAUAUUUAGUCCUAGUUGUUGUAUACAUUUUAAAUGAUUAUAAGUGAUGAAUCUCGUGUUCAUAAGACAUUAUAUAUUUAAUAUGAGUAGAUGUAAGAAUAUGAAGGAGUGGGCGGGGAAAGAACUGAAUUUUCAAUCCAUAUUCUUUGUUCACGUCAAGUUUGACUCACUGUUUUGUAGAAAAGUUUUUAUCAAAUUUUAAUUGUUACUUUUCAAAUCCAAAUAUUGUAAAUACACUGUAUUCAUAUAGUAUUUUAUACUACAGUACUAUAUUUACCAUUUAAUUGAAACUUAAAGUAUUUAGAAGGAAAGAUUUCAAGAUACAGUACGUAUAAUAUUCUAGUUUCAUAUAACACAAUUGCUGUCUAUUAUUUUUCCAGUUUUUAGUUUACAUCACGAUGUCAUCUUUCAUUGUGUUGUACAAAUGACAGAUUUUCAAGGAGAAAGGUAUAAUUGACUUAAUAUUUUUGGGAAUAGAUAUAUUGAAUACAUAAAUGACUAAUGCAGUUGUUAGAUGCAUGUACAGUAAUUGGUUUGCCAUGCUCACAAAUAAAUACACACAAUUAUUAUCAGCACAAAGCAAAAGUAAGAAAACUUAGAUAUUGGUAGUUGAAUUAUAUCCUGCAUAAUUUAUCUUUCUCCUUACUUAUCACCCUCAACCCAUGCCUUGUUAAAUGUUGAAGCAAAUACACAAACCCCAGAGCAAAAUUAUUCUCAACUCUUACACAAUUAUAAUUCAUAAAAGUGUUAAGUUUGUACUUGAUGUUGCAGACCAAUGCAGUCAGUGUUAACUGUGUUUAUUCUCAUUUUUUUAAGUUAGUAUAGUCAACGAUUCCUGAAACUACUCUUAUUAUUGUUAAGUUUGUUAUUAAUGUUAGAGGCUGGGACAACCAAUCACAGACUAUCAAUGACUCAUGAAAUAAUGAGUGUUGUUCGUUUCAGAUUUUACUUGCAUGGAGUCACUCACAAAUAGUGUUUCAUGAAACAAUAAAUUUUAAUAGUGUCAUUGAUGUUAAUGGCUUGUGCAGUCACACUCACUUUGAAUCUUUAACCUCCAAAAAGCUGGUUUUCCGGCAUCUUUGUGGUGUAGAUUAAUUUGGUCUUUUUCUCUUCUAUUUUUAAUUUCUUUUUACUCAUAUUUUUUUUGCCCUCCAGGCCCCGCUGUGGGUCGAUGACCUGUUCCCAGGUGGGCUAUUCCCCGUAUAAAAAAAAAAAGUAUACAGUAUGCUUUUGUAAACCAGGUAGAAUAAGGUUGAAAUCUAGAGCUAUUGUAUUUUUUUAUUUUUUUAUUUUUUUUUUAACUUUUAAUAGCUUUUAUUGCACUCCUGUUUCUCUGAUAUAUUGGUGAUGGAUACUUGUGGUCUCGCAGUGCAGCCAUGACCAUCACUUAUACAGUACUUCAUUAUACAGUAUAUGACAGUAAUUUGGGAUGUCUUAAAUGUUAAUUAGAUACAUUAUACAAAUACUGAACUGUAAAAUGUAAAUGCAUUAAUAAACUUGAUUAAUGAUGAAACAGAACAGUGAACUUGAUGUUGAAAAUUCUUUGAACACAUGCAUACAGAAUUGUUUCAAGAACCUUAAAUGAGAAUAUUUGUUGGUCCAAAAUGAAGCAACGAAGUAAAGUAUACCUACCUAGAAAUAUGUUUAAGGUCCAUUGUGAAUAGGCAGUAAGCAGAUAAUCUGCUCUGUAAUGUGAGUUGUAGUAUAGCCUCUCAUUUAUUUUUAAGAUAGAAAGCUGGAAAGAAGUACCAGAAGGUAGGUGUUUCUUUCCCAGCAGGGGACACAACAAUAAUGAUUAAGAUUCUGGUUGGGAUUCAUUUACUAUAUUGAAAUUAAUGGAUGUAUGUUUGUCAGUGGUAGCUACGAACUCUGUAAAUUAUUUUCUUUUAAUACUGUACAGUACUUGGAAUAAUAAGACUUCUUGGUGUGGAAAAUAGUCAUUAAUAGUCACUGGUCACUUAAAAAUGACAAGGCUUGUAGAUGCAAAUGGUGGGUUUUUAAUUUUUCUUAGGCUUCCCGCACACAUGGAAUUUUUAGUUGGUCGAUUGUUUAUUGGCCAAUUCGGUUUUUCGCAUGCACCAGCCGACAAAACUGUUGGCUAACUUGAAUUCCUGCGCACUUGCAAUUCACAGUUGGUUGAUUUAUUUCAGUCGUAUUAUAAAGUUCGUCAAAUCGGCUUGUGUUUGUGUGUUGAUAAUUCGUCAAAA